AUGCCGUCGUUGCAGAAGUUCCACGCCAAUGUGGCCCGCCACGUCAAGCUGAUGAACAAAAACUUGUGUGCCGAGAUAAUGCGCCACGACUACAUUGUCACAGGACGUACAAAGGCCAAAAGAGCCCAACCACACGUCGAGCGCUUUUUGGCCAACGCUCUUAAAGCCAACCGCAAAAUGGAGGGAACCGAUCUUCAAGAACGUAUACAGCGGAACCAGGCCCUUAACUACUUGCAUCCUCCAUUAAGAACCGAAAUAGGCACCCGGGUGCUUGAAGACCUUGCCAAAAGAUACCCCAAAAGAACCCAUGGGUUCACCAGAAUCAUCAAACUCGAGCCUCGUUUGGGUGAAGACAAGGCACCUAUGUCGGUGUUGGAGCUCGUAGACAGCGACUAUCAAAUCAAAUAUUGGUAUAUGGCCAAAGUGGUUGCUCGUUUGGAACUCCAGGGCUUACCAUUGGACGACUUGACGGCACACAAUGUACGUAAACUCACACAAUAUCGACAGGACGGAGACCAGGAGUUCCGAGACGCAGUGGAAACUGCCAAAAAACAGUUUUUCAAGGUGGACGACGAGGGAAAUGUGGUAGAUGAAGAGAUCAAACGUAAUUUGGAAAAUAAGCCUACAAACUUGGAAUUCCACGGAGGAAGCUUAGCAGGAAAACUUCUUGUUUCCAAAAAGUACCCAACCGUCCAGCGUCCUUCAAAGGAAGAGGUAGAGGUUCCCCAGUCGCCAUUUUUGAGAAAUUAG